ACGCACGUUGGUCCUGGCAGACUAAACGUGAGCUUCUGUUUUGUCGCGUGCUGCCCUCCUUGCAUGCGCGCAAGGCUGAGCGCUCCGGUUCGUCGUGAAAGGCGCUAUAUUCACUGUGGAUUGAUCAACCGAAUGCCGUCACUCCGAGCAGCCAAGUCAGCCGGCCAUGGCGCUGUUGGGUCAGGCGCCCCCCGUCCCUCGCCCUGCCUCCUAAGGAGGUCCCCGCAGCAGCAGCAGGAGCAGCAGGAGCAGCAGCAGCACACGCGGACACCUGUGGCAGGCAGGCGGGCGGUCUGGUCGGUGGCUCCCUCCGCUCCUGUCGUCUCGUGCCCUGCCGUCCGCCUCUGUCCUCUGAUCUGAGCCUUAGUCGCAAGCGGCUCUGCCCUCGAGUGACAGACACAGGCGGCGUGAGACGGAGCGGGUGGUCGCAGGGAGCGCCCAAGCGCAGCCAGCUGCUGCCGCUCACCGUUAUCGCGACGGAGCCCUAAAUGGGCAGAGAGAUUCUCGGGAUUUCGGAUGCUGGGAAUUGAAGACCGGGAGGCUGGAUGAGCGGCGGCUUCUCGUUUGUCUCCUCGAACUGAUCACGGACGGACGAUGGGAAUUGACCGACGGCAGAGAGCUUCUCUGGCUCUCACCUUGAACUUCAUCGCGCUCAUCUUCUCCAUCUCCGCCCUGAGCACCAGCUACUGGUGUGAGGGGACCCGGAAAGUGGUGAAGCCCUUCUGCAAGGGGCCGGUGAGCCUGAAACAGAGCUACUGCAUCCGCUUCAACAGCUCCGACGUGAACGACAGCCGCCUGGUGCAGUACAUCUGGGAGACGGGCGACGACAAGUUCCUCAUGAGGCAUUUCCACACGGGCAUCUGGUCCUCCUGCGAGGAGAACAUCAACGGAGUAGGUGAGACUUGCCGGAGCUUCCUCACCAUUGCACCUCCUCAUGAACGAGGUGUCCUGUGGCUAUGCAUCGUGGCUGAGUGCCUGUACAUCCUCCUCCUCGUGACAGGCGGCAUCCUCAUGUCCAUCGAGAUCUGCCACUACACCAACGUGAUCGACGGCCUGAAACUGAACGCCUUCGCUGCCAUAUUCACCGUCUUGUCAGGUCUUCUAGGCAUGGUGGCCCAUAUGAUGUUCACUACUGCGUUCCAGCUGACGGUCAGCCUCGGUCCAGAAGACUGGAGACCUCAAACGUGGGACUACGGCUGGUCUUACUGCCUCGCCUGGGGUUCGUUCACCUGUUGCAUGGCGUCGUCGGUGACAACGAUCAACCGCUACACCAAGACGAUCCUGGAGUUCAAACACAAGCGGAGGAACAUCGAGAAAAGUCUGAAAGUCAAGCAGAAACUCUUCAACUUGGACUCGCCGGAGCAGGUCUGGGAUAUGUACAUCAGCUCGGUGCCCAGCACGGCGGAGGAACUGCUGGACCUCUCGAGCAACGGCCGCAAAUUAUCCAACACCUCCGUCUUCUUGGACCUGAACGAGCUGCCGGAGCCUCAGGUGGAGGAGUACUGCUGACACCUUGCUGAGGUGGGAGAGCCGCCAUUCGCUAGGCUCGUCAGGAGGGGGCUGGAAUUGACGUCCCUCUUUGUCACCCGCCGGGUGAGCCGGCAAGUCGUCUGGGAGCUCGCCAUGGCGGGAGGUUCACUUUGGGUUUGUGCUGAUGGUGGUGAUGGUGGUGAUGGUGUAACUUUUAGAAAUGCCUUUCUCUCUUUAAGAAUGUACCGUGGGUGUAGCUGUCCAAGAAAUGCGUUUUUUGUUGGUUGGUUCGUUUGUUUUCUUUCUCGUAAAGCUUUCCAUCUCUGUAGACCACUGAGGCUGCGUGGGCACGAGAGGGGUCUCACGUUCUGCUCCUGCUAAGCGCUGUUCGCCGUCUCCUUUUCCCAAACGUCGAAUCCUCCUCUUUCGGAUUCCCGUCCCGGUCUGACCCAGCAGAGUCCAAAAACCCCAACACAGGAGGGAGAAAGGAUUAAAAAACAAAAUGAAAGGUGUUUUAGGGAUCCCGGCUGUGCCAUGACUGGCAGCGUCUUCUGCCAAGUGGUGGGAUUGUAAGCAGCCCAGAUAGAUUAGGGGGUGGCAAAUUAGGGCCGACGUGUCAUUUCCUAUCUCCUACUUCUACUGAAAGGCGCUAUAUACAGUUUACUUGAAAGUCUGUGAACUCUUUAGAAUUUUCUAGAUUCCUGCAUAAA